AGUAUGUCCAUAUGAAGUUUCAUACGAACAAUACUUAUGCAUGGUUUUGAUUGUGCAGAUGAAGAAGAAACUGGAGGGAGCAGUGAUAGGGAUCUCAGCCCUACUCCGAGUGCCGAUACCCAAACCGGGCAUCCAAGAGGUACUCGAUCUGCGGGGAGGAAGCGUUGUAGCUCCUCCCAGACUACUAGCGAUAGAGAUGCAGUCCUGGAGGAGGAUGUGGAGACUGGGAACAACUCAACUUCCCAUUCGGGGGUGGAGAAGCCCCCGAACACUCCCGACAUGAGUGCUCAUGAUGCAGAGGCGAUGGUUGACUCCAUGCUUCUGGACUCUCCAUUGCCGAACUUGGAGAGAGGCAAUGAGGAAAUCCCAGAAGGCGAUGGAAGCGGCAAGCUUCCAGAAGGAGGAGAAGGUGAGAAGCUUCCUGAGGGAGGCAAUGACAAACAGCCUGCGGAGACCCCUACAGAUUCCCAAGUGACGAGGAAUACUGUAGAAAGGUCAGAAGAUGUGCCCAAGAGGACUGUAGCUGAUGUGCUGGCGAGUGCUUCCCAGGUCACAUCGGGAAGUGGCUUGCCACGAGAGAAGGUGGAACUUGCUUUCAAACUGCUGGAAGAAGCGUUGGGACGGAAGGAUGGCCAGUCCCAGGAUGAGGCAGAGCUAAAUGCUCUGAAAGAGAGGGUUAAGACUCUCUCAUCUGAGAAGGCUGCUCUUGAGGGAAAGCUGAAGAAGCUCUCUCAGUCAAAGAAAGAUGAAAUAGAGAAGCUCAAGAAGAUCAAGGAGGACUCUGAUCGGGAGGCGGCGUCGACUGUCCAGCAGAUCAAGACCCUGUCUGAAUCACGAGACUCGAUGCAUCGAGAACUUGUGGAGCUGUGGGAAGUCAAGGGUGCCGCCCUGGAGGUAGCUGAGGCCAUGGAUAUCUAGUUAGGGACGGAGAUGAACCACUCACAUUGGCUGGGAGGCUUCGCAAAGUUCCCGGAGCCUUUGAGAGGUUUGUCUCCACCAUCACCCGCCACUACGUGGGUCACAUACUGGGGUUGGUGAAGUCCUAUUGGACAACCACUCGUCUGGACGCCCUUGGACAAGGAACUAGAGCUGAUUGUACAGAAGACAAAUUUCGUCAGUAUUUGGCAGAGACUUCCGGAGUGGCCGAUCCAAUUGUAGAAUCCUUGAGCCAGGUAGGGUCUCCUUGAACUUUUAUUUUAAUUGAGUUGGCUUGUGGGCCAGGAGUAUUUUUGAACAAAUACUGAAUAUUUGUGUAAUGUUAAGUACCCAUUUUGUAUUUGGAUUGCGGAAUCCUUUGAUAUGUCGAGUAGUUGUACUCGAAGAUCCUGAGUGUAGGCAGCAUCGGGCCCACUUAGUCAUGGUAGUAGAUACAAGAAAUUGUAUCCGUCAGUGCCUUGGAUGGCGAGGUUUUCUCGAAUAGAAUCGAGUUUGUAUGGUUCUGAAUCGAAACCAUGGUGCUGACCGGUUAGGAUUGAAUCCCGCGGGAUUAACCAAGUGGGAAUAGCACUAUAAGACUGUUCAAAGCCGUGGCUUAGUGUGGGUUUCCUGUUCAAAGGAAAUGUUUUGUUAGCGCGUAGGUAUUGUGGAUUUUGAUGUCCAAUCUAGGGGAGAACUCUUAUCGAGUAUUUAGGGAUUAUAAGAUGUUCCUUGAUAGAUGGGAGGACAGGCAGCUCUCGACAACUACUCAGAGUGCUAAGAGAAAACAGGAGCUCUUUUUGUAUCUCAAGCAAGCGAGUAAUACCCGUCAAGUACUUGAGGCAGAAAGAUUCUGUAGCGAGAAUUCCCAUAGUAAACUGAGCAAGCGGGAAACUUAUGUCAACCCAUUUUAGAGUAUCAAGAAAUGAUCUUUAUUCGUUAAGAGAUUUCGUAGUUGACCAGUUAGGAUAGACCUUUUUUGGUUUCCCAGGUAGUAUGCAACUGUUUGCCAAAAUAUCCCAAACUAUUCGAUCGUAUCGAGUAGUAUGUCCUAUUAAUGGACUGGAUUGAUUUCUAGAAUAGGACUGUUAAGAUUGAACUCCGUCGAGUUAACCAAGACGUGAAUAUUCU